AUGCCCCCGCGUUCGGCUGCGGAGGCCAAAGGCUCCGGCUCCGGCUCCGGCGCCGCCACGGCCAAGCUCCGUCGCGCUCAUCGGAAGUCGCGCAACGGCUGCUGGGAGUGUAAGCGGAGGCAUAUCAAGUGCGAUGAGAGCCGUCCGGCCUGUAGCAACUGCGUCGUCAGUGAGCGAUCAUGCUCCUUCCCGCCCUCGACAGCAGCAACAGCUGCCACUCCAGCCGCACCUCAAACUCCGGCCUCCGCCCCAACGCCGAGUCCAGUUCCGUCGCAUUCUCAACCUCCGUUGCCCUCUUCUCAGAAUGCCACAGGUGUCGACAGUCAGGCUCAAAGCCCUGCCGAUAGCAUGUCUAGUGCUACGGGCCUUCAUCAUCCUGCGUCCGGGCCUCCAUCAUCACUCUUUGGAUCACGGCUCGGCUUUCCUACCAUUCUUGAUGACCGACCACCUCCUCUAACCGCUCUACCGUCCUUCACCGAGUCCUUUAUCACCAAGACCUUUGCCGACUCACCCUCAACUCCCUCUAUCCCAGACGGCAUUCCCCAACCCGUCUUUGCGGCAAAACACCUCAUCCUCUUGCACCAUGCUACAACCGCUAUGCCACUUACCAACGACUUGACACACCCCAUCGUCGAGAUCGCCGUUCAAUGGUCCAAAGAUGCACCCUAUGCCAUUGACCAGCUGCUGGCCAUCGCUGCUGAUCAUCUUGCUAUACUACAACCCGAACAUGCCGCCUCUCAUCGACGAACGGCCAGAGAACUACAGACACGGGCGCUCACCCUUUUCAACAACCACUCGCAGGAAAUGAGUCAGGAAAAUGGCGACCUUGACAAAUAUUGUCUCCCUCGAUUCCUUUUUGCUUCCUUACUCAGCCUCCACAUGAUCUAUGAGACAUACGCGUACUACCGCGCCAACUUCCACGUCUUUAUCGAGAGGUUUGUCGAGUCUGUCCAUCUUCACCGGGGCGUUCGCACUGUCAUCUCCCCAUGCUACAACAUCAUUCUUGAGUCUCCUCUAAGACCAUUCCUCGUCAAUAUCCGCCUUGCUUCGGAAUCAGAUAACGGGGGUAGUGAAUGUCUCUCACUACUUGAGCUCGUCCAGAACUCUGAUCUGAGCGCAGCAACAGUCAACGCUAUUUCAGGCGCUGUUCACACAUUGCAAUGGGCGUUCAACAUUCACCGCAACCUGCCACAAGAUGGGAGUGUGCACGCUUCCACCGCAUUUCCUGUCCUCUUGACGGCAGAGUAUAUGGAGGCUGUGCGCAAGCACCGCCCUGAAGCCCUACUUGUGUUGGCAUACUACGGCGUUCUCUUGCACCGUUGCCGCAAUGCCUGGAUCAUAGGCGAUGCCGGCUCUUUUCUAAUACGCCUCAUCGCCGAUUACCUAGGGAACUUUUGGCAGGAGCCCAUGCGCUGGCCCCUUGAAGAGUUGGAAAGGGACCAGGGGUGA